AUGCAUGCUUAUUGUUUAAAAAGAAACGAAUUAAAGCGAAUGAAGCAUAUUCAAGAAGCGUGCUGUAUAUGUGAACAUCGAACUGCCGAAUAUUUAACAAAUAGAAGCUCAUAUUCUGGUUUAGGAAACUCUCGUUAUGUCAAUCUACCGAUAUUUAUAGCUCCAGUUGCAGUCUUAAUUAAUUUUCAAGAAGAAAACAAUAAAUUCGAGACGUGCAUUGUUGCAAAUAGCAUAAAUCUUGAUACUCUUAACCACACUUACAUUUUGUCGUGUACUCGUGAAUCAAAUUGUAAUCGCCCAUGA